UAAGGAGCGCUUCAAUCGCGUGGGAUCGCGCAUCAAAUCGGAGGCAGAUCUCGAGGAGAUCAUGGACGGACUGCAGGAGCAGGCGCUCGAGGAUAAGAAGAUGCGUUCGUAUGCGGUGAUACCGCCGCUGAUGCACGAUGCCCGGCAACGGCGUUGCGCCUAUCACAAUGAGAACGGACGGAUCGAGAAUAUGGUGGCGGUGCAUGAGGAGCGCAAAGCGCUCAAUCUGUGGACGGCCGGCGAGAAGGAGACGUUCAAGGAGAAAUAUCUGCAGCAUCCGAAGAAUUUCGGUGCGAUUGCGGCCAGCCUCGACCGCAAAUCGCCGCAGGACUGCGUUCGCUAUUACUACCUCAGCAAAAAGACCGAGAACUACAAGCAGCUGUUGCGCAAAUCGCGACAACGCACGCGCAGCAGCCGCAAUCCGGCCAAGGCCCAGGCCGCUCAGCCCCAAUGCAUCAUCGACUCCCUCACCACGGGCGUCACCACCCGCCUGCAGCGUGAACAGCAACAGAAGUCCGGCAAUCGCACCGGUGCCGUCGCCGAGCGUGAACGCGAACGUGCUGCUGAGAAGGCAGCAGCCGAUGCUGCCAAGGCGGCUGAAUGCGCUGCUGAGAAGGCGAGUGCUGUUAGCAAGGCAGCCGAAGUGGCUGCUGGCAAUGAGAAGGCCAAGAGUGUGGCUGCUGCCAUGGCAGCGGUGGCAGCUGCUGCUGCAGCAGCCGAAGCGGCAGCCACAACUGCAGCAGCAGCCACGGUUACUGCCACUGGAGCAACCACAACGGCGGCAGCAACCACAACGGCAACAGCAACGGCAGCAAGUGUUGCUGAUAAAACGAGCAAAGCGGCAACAGUGGAUAAGAGUGCAACAGCAACAGGAGCAACUGGAGCAGCAGCAGCAGCAGCAGCAGCAUCAACAACAGCAACCGCUAAUGAGAUCUCAACGGGCAGCAGCGAAGCCAAAACCAAAGCCACUGACGAGGCAGCAACAGCAACAGGCACAGCAGCAACCACAACAACAACCGAUGCAACAGCCACCUCCACAGUCAGCACAGCGACAGCAGCAGCAACAACAACCACAACAACAGCAGCAGCUGCGGCUGCUGCGAGUGGAGCGUCCAAAGCGUCCAAGUCACAAGAUGCCACUGGCGAGGCAGCAGCAGCAGCUGCUGCAGCUGGUGGCAAGGUGGUUGGCGAGGCGCACGUGGAAACGGAUGAUCCGCUGGCCAAGUGCAAAGCAACGGCCGCCAAUGCCGAUAGCUACAAUGCAACUGUUGCCGCCUCCUCAGCAACGGGAGGAGCAACAGCAACCAGCGCUGCUGCGUCGUCCACAUCGACGCCCGCUGUUAGCGUGGCGCUGAAUGGCUUCAAGCCCGGCUAUCAGAGCGUUGUGAUGAGCAACGUGAAGGCGCCCACGCCCUCAGCCAGCAUGGAUGAUGCCAAUGCAGCGUUGGCUGGUGAUAAAAUCGUGAAAGCAGCAACCGCAGCAGCAGCCACAGGAGCAGG